AUGCAAGUUCUAGUUCAGAGGGGUGCACAUAAGAAUGGUUUGGAGUUUGAAACAUUUAAGUCCGAUACUGUGAUAUUUGUGGCAAAAUGUCGAGGAGCCAAAGAAGGUUGCAAGUGGUAUUUGCGUGUAGCAAAGCUUAAGAAUUCAGAUCUUUGGACGGUUAGAACUUGCAACAAGUUUCAUACAUGCUCAGUAGUGACUACAAGUACCCUUAGAAAUAGAAGGAGAGGCACACCACAGGUUGUCGCAUCUGUUUUGAGUGAAGAAUAUCCCGGUAGAUAUGACCCACCAACACCAAAUGAUCUGAUCAGUAUGGUUACCCACAAUGUUGGUGUUGAUGUGUCAUAUGCCACAACAUGGAGAGGAAAAAGGAUGGCUGCUAGUGAAGUCCAAGGUACUCCGGAAGAGAGUUUUUCUAUGAUACACUCCUAUAUGUACAUGCUUAAGUUGAAGAAUCCUGACUCAGUAAGUUAUGUUGAAGUGGAUGCGGCGAAAAGAUUUAAGUAUCUAUUUUUCGCAUUUGGAGCUUCCAUAGAAGGGUUCACAGCGAUGAGGAAAGUUAUCAUUGUGGAUGGAACACAUCUUAAGCAUGUUUAUGGUGGAGUUCUGCUUGUUGCGAUGGCUCAAGAUCCUGAUCGUCACCACUACCCUAUCGCAUUUGGUGUAGUUGAUGGUGAGAAAGACGAAAUUUGGACGUGGUUUAUGAAUAAAUUGAGGUCGAUGAUCUCAGAUGAAGGCGAAUUGGUGUUUCUUUCGGAUAGAAAUGAAAGCUUGAUCAAGUCAAUACGUGAGGUGUUCCCAAUGGCUGCACAUGGGUAUUGUAUCUGGCAUCUGUCUCAAAAUGUCAAAGGACAUGUUUUCAACAACAGAGACGCUUGCACAAGUAAGUUUACAGAGUGUGCACAUGCUUAUACAGUGGCUGAAUUCGAUGAUCUCUAUGAUGCCUUUUCCAGAAGGUAUCCUUCUGCUGCGGUGUAUCUGGAGAAAAGUGUUUAA